AUGCACCCCGCCGGCACGCCCUCGUCGACCCGCUCGAGCCACUCGGCGACGGCCAGUGCCGCUGCCAGCCAGGAGGCCGACCGAGGCCUCGUCUACUGGGACGAACGCAGCCAGCCAGCCAUCCCCAAGCGCACCGCCGCCCUCGCCGGGAUCCCCUCCCCCUCGAAACCAGCCACCCACCACUCGCCCCUCGUCGACAGCCUCAACCUCCAGACCAACAAGCCCCUCCGAUUCAGCAAGCGCAGGAAGAGCAGGACCGACCACGAGCCACAGGAAAACCGAGCCCCAGCCGAACCACCCCUCAUCCCCAAGAAGAAGGCAUGGGCCGAACUCACAUCCAGGCUCAAACGACGCGAACUGGACGCCGCCGAAAACACGGCCGACCCACACAUCGACCCCAAGACCAACCCUGCUGCUGACAGCCUGCCACCACGCGUCGGCGCACCCUCAAAUGCCCCUGAUCCACAACAUCAACCGAACCCUCUACCUAACGAACCUCCUCAACUUCCGCCCCAGACUACUCCUAACGGGGAAUCCAUACCCACCAGAAACCAUCCAAAUGUACCACGGCAACCUUCUGCACCGAUUCGUGAGGCAGAGGAAGACGCGUCAAGCCACAAGCCUGGGCCAGCACCGACCUUGAAGAAUGAUGAUGAGGGGAAGAUGAAGGAGCAGAAUGGGUGCGAGCCCUGGGAGGAGGACGAGGACCCGGACUUCGGGAGCCAAUUGCUGCUGCUGGCUGAGCGCGUCGAGCAGGGACAGAAGGCCAGCCAGGAAACCGUCAAAACUAUCCUCGCUCCUACCACUGCUACUAAUACCUGGAAAACCGUCGACCACAAAAAGAAGCCUCUCCCCGCCCCCAGCAAACCUCCUCUCACCCACCCCCACCCACGGCCGUUGGCGCCCAAGACGGCCGUGCCCACGAAGACCGUGUCCAAGACGACGAGCGGGGCUGGGAAGCCCAAGACUGUUGGCGAUGGCCGAUGGAGCGUAGGCGGCGGAGGGGCGAAGCUGGCCGACCAAGGACAAGCGACGGCGAGACCGGAGAGCGCGGCCCCGAAGCCCAGCUACUCGGACGCACUCCUCAAUCGCCCCACCCGCCGCCCGGCUGUCCGCAUCGACCCACACAAACUGUCUGGCCCCCCUCCCAGCGCUAAAGACCUACCCCUCAUCCCCGCCCGCCAUCCAGACCUAGACCUCGACUCCUUUACCUAG